AUGCAAAGAAACAAAAAUUUUAUUUCAAUUUUAUAUAGAAAUAUUUAUAAUAAUAAUAAUAAUAAAAGAUUUUUUAGCUAUAAAUUUACUCCUAGUCACCAAUGGGUAAAAUUAUUAAAAGAUUCUAAUGAAGAUACACCAACAACUAAAAAAGAAACCAGUGGAGAUAAAUGUUUAAUAGGUAUUACAAAUUAUGCAAAUAUUGCAAUUGAUAAAGUAACCGAUGUCAAACUACCAAAUAUAAAUGAUACAAUUAAAAAGAAUCAACCAAUCAUUUCAAUUAAAACAUUAGAAGGCGAUAUUAACUUUUUAUCACCCAUCUCUGGCAAGGUAAUAAAAGUAAAUGAAGAAAUGAAAAAUAACCCAACACUCAUAAACAAACCUUUAACAUUAAAGCAAAGUUGGACAAUGGAAUUAUUAAUUAAUGAACAAGAUAAGAAAAUAAUUAAAACCCAAUUAAUGGAUCAAUUAGAGUAUGCCCAUUAUUGCAAUGAUGUAGAUUUUAAACAAUUUUAA